UAAGUGUGAUGGGCUUUUAUUUUGACAGAAAGCUGGACUAGUGUGUUUCUAAUUAGACCGAUUACCAUCGCCGUUUUUUUUGUUUUGUUUUGUUUGCUUGACAUCAAGAACAACAAAAAAAAAAGCAGCUGGAAAGACGAAUAUCAACAAAAGAGGGAUGUUUUGUUGUAUAAAAAUUCUCCCUCUGCCUCUAAAGGUUAUUUAGACAUCACUGGGAUUUAAAUGGGGAAAUGUUGCUGUUUCCCCUCAGAUCUGCAUGGGACUGUGCCUCCAGCAGGAUAUCUCAGAGGAGAAUAAGAAAGCCAAAAUAAAGAGCUCUGUAAUCGAACAGGACCUUUGUGAACAAGCCAGGGCUGAAAGGGAUGUAAUAAAAAUCCUCAUGCUUGGAGCUGCAGAGAGUGGAAAGAGCACAAUAAUCAGACAGAUCAAGAUCAUGCACAGCCGGGGCUUCUCCAACCAGGAACUUCUUAGUUUCAAGCCUGCAGUGUUGGAUAACCUUCUGACCUCCAUGAAGAUUGUUCUGCAAGGAAUGGGCAAGCUGCGGAUAAACCUCGCCAACAAGAAGAACAAGAUCCAGGCCCGCUCCAUUCUGUCCUGCAGCCAGUGUUUGGGAGACGACCAGGAGCUGCUCCCCUUUGUGGCGCAAGCCUUCUGCGCCCUUUGGGCCGACCAAGGGGUGAGGGCCGCCGCAGCCAGAGGAUACGAGUACGAGCUCAACGACUCUGCCCUCUAUUUCUUUCAGAACAUAAGUCGAAUCAUCUCCCUAAACUACGUUCCCACUGAGACGGAUGUCCUGAGAGUCAGAGUGAGGACCUGUGGCAUCAUUGAGACACAGUUUCAAGUCGAUGAAACAAUCUUUAGACUGUUUGAUGUUGGUGGCCAGCGAAGUGAAAGGAGAAAGUGGCUGAGCUGCUUUGAUUCCGUUCACGCCUUGCUGUUCGUCGUGGCCCUCAGCAGCUAUGAUCAGACGUUGUUGGAGGAUCCAUCAGUGAAUCGGCUUCAGGAAAGUCUGGAACUGUUUUCAUCAGUCUGCACAAACGCAGUCUUCCAGAAAACCUCACUGCUUUUGUUCCUGAACAAAACCGAUCUUUUCCGGGAGAAGAUCCUGCACUCUAGGAGACACUUGAGGUUUUAUCUUUCAUGCUAUCAAGGAGCAGACUGUGACGUGGAUGCUGCCGCCCGCCAUCUUGCUGCCGUUUUCGCAGCCUGCAACGUGGACUCAACCAGGCCUGUGUACCAGCACUUCACCACGGCCACCGACACUGAAAGCAUGAGGGAGGUCUUCCACAUGGUCAUUGAUCAGAUCAUCAAGGAAAACCUGGCAGCUGUCCAGCUGUUCUAGGACUCCUCUAUACUCUAUGUUUAAGCAUUGUUUAUCAUUUUAAUUCUAUUUUUAUUUAUUUAAGCUUUUUAUUUAUUUCAACUUUUAUUUCACUUGACAACAGUUCUUUAAACUGUGCUGUUUUUAAUAUGAUGCUUUUUAAAUAAAAUAUUU